AUGUCACUUAAACCAAUCCACCUCUACACCCACGCCGGCGGUCCCAACCCCUGGAAACUCGCCAUCCUCCUCAGCACCCUACAAAUCCCCUACACACAAACCUUCGUCCCCUUCUCCGACAUCAAAAAACCCGAGUACCUGGCCAUAUGUCCCAACGGCCGGGUGCCAGCGAUCGUCGACCCGAACACGAAUGUUACCAUGUGGGAAAGCGGCGCCAUCAUGGAGUACCUGGUUGAGACGUAUGAUAAGGAGGGGGAGUAUUGGGUGAAGGAGGGAGGGGAGAGGUGGGUGGGGAAGAGUUGGUUGUUUUUUCAAAUGUCAGGACAAGGUCCCUAUUUCGGCCAAGCAAUCUGGUUCACGCGGUACCACUCCGAAAAAAUCGACUCAGCGAAACUGCGGUAUAUAAAUGAGAUAUACCGUGUAUUCUCCGUCCUUGACACAGCUUUAGAAGGAAAAUCGUAUUUGGUUGCUGAGAAAUGUACGAUCGCGGAUCUAUCGUUUAUACCGUGGAACUACCAUAUUCUGCGUCUUGAAGGUGUGGAUGUGGCGAUGGUGGAGAAAUCGUAUCCGCGGUUUUGGGAGUGGCAUCAUAGGUUGUUGGAGAGGGAGGCGGUGAAGAAGGUUAUGAGUGAGAGGGAGGGGAUUAUGGCUGAGGAGGCGAGAGGGAAAUAG